ACAUCUUCAAAAAAUCCCUGAUGGUGACAAUGAGACAAUGAUUCCGGUACUGUCUUCAAAAAAAGCAAGUGAAUUGCCAGUUGAUGAAGUUGCAAGCAUUCUGCAAGCUAAUCUUCAGAAUGGCUUAAAAAACUGUGAAGUUUGUCAUAGACGGGCGUUCCAUGGAUGGAAUGAAUUUGAUAUUAGUGAAGAUGAACCACUGUGGAAAAAAUAUAUUUCCCAGUUUAAAAAUCCCCUUAUUAUGCUUCUCCUGGCAUCUGCAGUCAUCAGUGUUUUAAUGCAUCAGUUUGAUGAUGCCGUCAGUAUCACUGUGGCAAUAGUCAUUGUUGUUACAGUUGCCUUCGUUCAGGAGUACAGAUCAGAAAAAUCUCUUGAAGAGCUUAGUAAACUUGUGCCUCCAGAAUGCCAUUGUGUACGAGAAGGUAGGGUGGAACAUACACUUGCAAGAGAUUUAGUCCCAGGUGAUACAGUCUGCCUGUCAGUUGGAGACAGAGUCCCGGCUGAUCUCCGAUUAUUUGAGGCUGUGGACCUUUCUAUUGAUGAAUCCAGUCUCACAGGUGAAACAGCUCCUUGCUCUAAAUCUACAGCUCCUCAGCCAGCAGCAACCAAUGGAGACCUUACUUCUAGGAGCAAUAUUGCUUUCAUGGGAACAUUGGUCAGAUGUGGAAAAGCUAAGGGGAUAGUUAUUGGUACAGGAGAAAACUCUGAAUUUGGAGAGGUUUUCAAAAUGAUGCAAGCAGAAGAGGCUCCAAAGACACCUCUGCAGAAGAGCAUGGAUCUCUUGGGAAAACAGCUUUCCUUGUAUUCCUUUGGUAUAAUAGGAGUCAUUAUGCUAGUCGGCUGGUUGCAAGGAAAGCAUAUCCUUGAUAUGUUCACAAUUGGUGUGAGUUUGGCUGUAGCUGCAAUCCCUGAAGGACUCCCGAUUGUGGUAACAGUGACGCUGGCCCUUGGUGUGAUGAGAAUGGUGAAGAAACGGGCUAUUGUAAAAAAACUACCUAUUGUUGAAACUUUAGGUUGUUGCAACGUAAUUUGUUCAGAUAAAACUGGAACUUUGACAAAGAAUGAAAUGACUGUUACUCAUAUUUUUACUUCAGAUGGGCAGCAUGCUGAGGUUACUGGAGUAGGUUAUAACAGGUUUGGAGAAGUGAUGCUCGAUGGUGAAGUUAUUCAUGGUUACAACAACGCAUCCGUUAGCAAAAUUGUUGAGGCUGGUUGUGUGUGCAAUGAUGCUUUGAUUAGAAACGGCACGUUAAUGGGGAAGCCAACAGAGGGAGCUUUAAUUGCACUUGCUAUGAAGAUGGGUUUAGAUGGACUCCAGGAAGACUACAUAAGGAAGGCUGAAUAUCCCUUCAGCUCAGAACAAAAAUGGAUGGCUGUUAAAUGUGUUCACAGAACGCAGCAGGACAAACCUGAAGUUUGCUUUAUGAAAGGUGCUUACGAACAAGUCAUUAGAUACUGUACAUCAUAUAACUGUAAGGGGCAGACUCUACCUCUUGUUCAGCAACAGAGAGAGCAAUACCAGCAAGAGAAGACAUCUAUGGGCUCUGCAGGACUAAGGGUUCUGGCCUUAGCUUCUGGUCCUGAGUUAGGACAAUUGACUUUUUUGGGGCUUGUGGGAAUAAUUGAUCCUCCACGGACUGGUGUAAAAGAAGCUGUUACUACACUUAUCACAUCAGGAGUUGCAAUAAAAAUGAUUACUGGAGAUUCACAGGAGACUGCAGUUGCCAUUGCUAGUCGACUAGGAUUGUAUUCCAAAAAUUCACAGGCAAUCUCUGGAGAGGAAAUAGAUGAUUUGGAUAUUCAGCAGCUUUCUCAAAUAACACCAAAGGUUGCAGUAUUUUACAGAGCCAGUCCUCGACAUAAAUUGAAAAUUAUAAAGUCCCUGCAAAAUAAUGGUGCAGUAGUAGCUAUGACAGGAGAUGGAGUGAAUGAUGCUGUUGCUCUGAAGGCUGCAGAUAUUGGUGUAGCAAUGGGACAAACAGGAACAGAUGUUUGUAAAGAGGCAGCAGACAUGAUUCUCGUGGAUGAUGAUUUUCAGACAAUAAUGUCUGCAAUUGAAGAGGGUAAAGGAAUUUAUAAUAACAUAAAAAAUUUUGUUAGAUUUCAACUGAGCACGAGUAUAGCAGCACUGACUUUAAUCUCACUGGCUACAUUAAUGAACUUUCCUAAUCCUCUCAAUGCCAUGCAGAUCUUAUGGAUCAAUAUUAUUAUGGAUGGACCUCCAGCUCAAAGUCUUGGAGUGGAGCCUGUGGAUAAAGAUGUUAUUCGGAAGCCUCCAAGAAAUUUGAAGGACAGCAUUCUGACCAAAAACCUGAUUGUUAAAAUACUGGUUUCAUCAAUAAUUAUUGUAUGUGGAACACUGUUUGUCUUCUGGAGAGAGUUAAGAGACAAUGUAAUAACACCUCGAGAUACAACCAUGACUUUCACCUGUUUUGUAUUUUUUGAUAUGUUCAAUGCUUUGAGUUCUAGAUCUCAGGCAAAAUCUGUGUUUGAGAUUGGACUUUGCAGUAACAAAAUGUUCUGCUAUGCCGUCCUUGGAUCUAUAAUGGGGCAGUUAUUGGUCAUUUACUUCCCUCCCCUUCAGAAGGUUUUCCAAACCGAGAGCCUGAGUGUCUUGGAUUUACUGUUUCUUCUCGGACUCACUUCCUCUGUGUGCAUAGUGACUGAGAUAAUAAAGAAGUUUGAAAGAAGCAAGGAAAAGAUCCAGAAACAUGGAAGUUCUUCUUCGUCAACUUCGUCUUUUCUUGAUGUAUGAUGCAUAUUGCAUUCUUUUGUUUGCAAACUUAGGGAUUGCUGUCUAAAGAUGUAUGAGAAAGCAAACUAUUUGGAGGAUAAAGAAAUCCUGAGGGCUUUUGACAAGUCCUUUGUUUCACUGGCUAAUGAUGAACGUUCAUGUUUCAAGACUGUUUAGAAUUUAACUUCCAGCUGUGGAAGUAACAAAUGAAAUUAUGCAACUUUGGUAACAUUUUUCCUUAAACAUAAAUUUACUUUUGAGAUUGAACGGGAUUUUGUGUGUGUGGGGGGUUAAUUUAAAGAUCUAAGCCCAAGUCCCAUUUUCUGCACUUAAGAUAGAACUGCGUAAAAUCCUUCUCUUAGAUAUAAAUAUUUUAGUUUGGUUUUAUUUAAAACAUUGUACUAUUUCACUUUUAUGGUGGUG